GUGGCAGCCCUGAUUUUCACUCCAGGUUUAUUCAUCUCUCAAGGUUCAAAAAGCUUAAAAAACAUUGUUCACCCCUGAUUUGCCGCGUCAAUCCCACUUUAUUUAUUGUCUCCAUCAUUCUGUCAGGGGGGAAUCCGUAAUAAUAAACCUUGAAAGUCGAAAACAUCUGGAAAAUGUAAUAACUACAUCUAUUUAGAUAAAAUCAUUCUGACAGCUGUUUUGAUGUUGUUGUUUCGCCCAGCAAAACCGCUACACUGUAGAAAAUUAUGGAGGAAUUAAUAAACGACUUCUUGAACUCACAAUCUCUUGGAGAUGAACAGGAAUCGCUUUCUCUGAAGGAAUCAAAUGUGACUUCCUUUUGCGAAGCUAAUGGUCAACGGUUCUCGUUCGAGGACAUAAACCCUUCUCUUAGACAUAAGUUUAUUCGAAGUUUGUUGGACGAGCUCUGUAAUAGGCAAGAUGAAAGCUCAAAAUGUCUCAAUUACACAGCCCGAUGUCUCGAAGCCCUACGUGUUCUUAGCAGAGAUAAGUCGAAUUUAGGGGAAAUGAUCAGCGAGAAAUCAUGCCGUAUCUUCUUGAAAUUAGCCGGCCUGUGCCAAACAGCUGCUCAAUUGGACGUGGAAAUCGUAGUCAAUGAGUCCGUGGUUGUGAUCGAAGCUCUGAAAUGUGUUUGUAAUCUUGUGUUUCAAAACGCGGAGUUUCGAGAAUAUACAAUCAAGUAUAAUUGUACAGAGGCGGUUUGUGUGCGUUUAACCUGGUUCGGGCGAUCCGAUUUGCCCAGAGAUGUGAAGUUCUAUGAUCUUCGUUUGCUGUUUGUCCUGACUGCUCUUGAGGCUAACGAGCGUACCACAGCAUUGCAUGCAAAUGCUGUUGAGUUCCUUACGGUUGCCCUGGAUCAAGUUGUCCCAGGCUGCGAAGAGAGAAGGGUGUUACUUAGCAAGGAACUGGAAGUGCGAGAAAAUGAUUCAGAGUCACCACUACCCUCUAGGUGCAAUUUACCUGAUGUCUCAUUAGAUAAAGAUGCUGUUGAAUUAUUUGGUGAAAUUCUAAAAGUUCUCUUCAAUAUAACAAUCAACAUUAGUCAGGAACAACCCGACAAUAAUUUGCAACAAUCCUGCUAUAAACUUAUUUUCAUACUACGGCACAUGUUGAUAAAAUGCAAAGACCUUCCACAAGAACCUAAAAACCUCCAGAACAAUAUUAUCAACAUGCUAAUCAACCUGCCAUUUCUUUCCUACAAUCUCUUGUUUUGGAAAAUUCCAAAGAUGGAAGCCAAAGAAAUUUUGAAAAACUUUGAAGUUGACCAGUGUAAAAAUAAACAUCCUAUUAUAUUUGAGUUCUUUAAUGUUGAAGCAAUCCAUAAAUUGCUGGUUAUCUUAGAUCAAAGAUUGGUUGACAAUCUCAACCUGAAAGAAACCUUGUCACCCCUGCUUUCAGUCCUAACAACUGUCGCCAGACACAACAGGAUAAUUCGCAAGUACCUUCGCCAGGAAGUAUUACCAUCCCUGGGAUAUGUUGGCAUGGAGAAACCUGAGAAGCUAGACACUAUUCGAGGAAGAUUGGUUCGGCAUCUUACCUCAGCUGUGCAUGAGGUUAAGGAAUCUGUUGGCGAAUUUUUAUUUGUUUUAUGUAAAGAAAACGUGUCGCGACUUAUCAAAUACGUGGGUUAUGGCAAUGCCGCGGGAUUUCUGGCUGACCAUGGUUUGAUGGCGGGUAAUAACGAUGAAACCGCGGGAAAUUAUUCCACUGAUGACGAGGAAUCAGACUCUGAGGAGUAUGAACAAAUCAAGGAUCAAAUUGAUCCAAUGACAGGCGCGCAGGUUGAUCCGAAUGUUGAGAAUCCGCUGGAUAAAAUGACGGAAGAAGAGAAAGAGCUUGAAGCGGAGAGAUUGGCAAACCUGCUCAGCAAGUUGAACAAGCAAGGAAUUGUAAAACCUGUUGCUAUUGGCCCAGAUGGAAAACCAGUUGAGAUCAGCAACGAGGAAGAUCAGUGAGGACUGGAUAGUGUCCAGACGUUUGAACUCACUGUUACCAAGCAAAUUUCUUACAAAUUGUAAUAGACCUGUUGUAAUAAUAUUGUGUUUGUAGUCAUUAAACUUCUACCACAUUUUAGACAUUUCCACUAUUAAAUACGAGUUAUUGUCUCUCGGAAUUCAUUCGUUUCCAGUCAUGCAAUUUACCUGAAGUUGGUUCAACUAAUCAGCUUGAACGGGCCAACGCACAUCUCCAUGACACGUGUUCAAACUUCAAGCUCACUGCAACUCUUGACAGCAAAACAAUUCGUCUUUGUUAAGAAAAAACCUUUGUCUUUUACCCCGUUUUAGCUCCGAAAAAUUCAUUUUCUUUCUUUUCUAAUACACUUACCUAUCAACAGCCGGACACGCUCAUAGCCGGAAACUAUCCGGAAA